ACGUCUAUAGCAUACUCUUUUCUUAUUGUGGUUAUAGUCGCUAAAAAGUGGAUGCUGAUGAAUUUACAAUAUCUAGAAUUCGAAAACCUCUAAUGAAAUCAAAUCAAAUGUUGGAUUUUCCUAAACAUAGGACGUAUAUUUGCUUACAUUUGUUUGUUUUACUGCGUAACUCUUUAACACUGCCACCAGUCAUACAUGUCGGGGCUAUAUCUUCGGAAAAGCAUAAUGGUCCAAUUGAACUCGCAUUUAAAUAUGCCAUACAUAGCGUUAACAAAGACACAAUUUUGCUACCGGAUACAAAAAUAACGUUUGAUUUACAACAUGUCGAUAAUGACGAUUCCUUUCACGCCUGCCAAAAAGUUUGCACACAAAUUAACUCUGGCAUACAGGCUGUUUUUGGACCAUUCAAUGCUAUGUUAGGAGCUCAUAUACAUUCGGUAUGUGAUGCCCUCGACAUACCACAUUUACAAUCCCGAAUCGAUUUACAAAUGGAAGACACUGAGUUUUCGAUAAACCUGCAUCCAACACAGAAGUACGUGAACACAGCUUUUGAAGAUGUUAUUCGGUAUUUGAAUUGGACCAAGGCUGGAAUACUCUAUGAGAAAGAUUAUGACUUAAGGAAAAGAACGACAACAAGGGACGCCGAAUUUAAAAAACGGACAGCUAGACACUUGAUUUCGGACCGCAGUGAAGUAAAACCGUUAGUUAGUUAG